ACAGGCACAACUUAUCUAAAUGCGUGACUUAUUCUUAGGUUGUACAGUCAUGAAGACGUAAUUAGUUUGUACUUUAGUAAGUGUGUUAGCAAUUUUUGUCAUAACGCUUUAGUUAGAAUAGUUACAUGUGAUCUUGAAGUGUACAUCGUUUCGAAAUGGUGUACUUAAAAAAAAUUGGACUUAAAUUAUUAAUUUUAUUUUGUGUUAGUUGCGCAGAUGCACAAAUUUUUAGUAGUUUCACCGGAGAUGGUAUAUCCAGUACCAUUGGUAAUAUCUUGCGUGGUUUCUCAGUGGGUGUAAAAGAAGUUACCAAUGGUUUAAGAAGCAUUGAAGAAAUAUUAGAUAUAGUAGACACGGCUGUUGAAGAGGAGUGCAUAUUUUCUUGUCCAAGAGGGCAACAAGCCAUUCGAAAUUCAUAUUUUUCAACUUACCCAAAUGGCUGUGGAUCUUAUGGUUUUCAGCUGAAAGAUAAGAGCUUAUCUUUAAAGGAUAUGGAGCUUUGUUGUAAUGACCAUGAUGUAUGCUAUGGGACUUGCUUGGCUGACAAGGAUUUGUGUGAUUUAAAAUUCAAAAAGUGUUUAUAUAACACCUGUGACAGACACAAGAAAUUCCUACAAGAAGGUGGUCUUAAAGGAUGCAAAGGUGCAGCAAAGCUCUUCUAUCUGGCAACAGUUGGACUUGGCUGCAAAGCCUACUUAGAUUCACAGAAGAAGGCUUGUAUAUGUAUUUAUAGAAAUGAACUGUGAUACUGUAAGUCAAAUCAUAAAAAUCAAAAUGUAUAAAGAAAUGUUUUAUACAACCAGUUAGAUCCCUGGGCUUUCUGCAUCUGCAAUGCUAUUGAAUUUUUUUCCAUGUCUUAACAAAAUAGCACAGAAGAAAAACUAGUCUGGAAUUGUUUUUGUGGUAUAAAAAUUUAACUUCUAUGUAUACAUUGUAAAAUAGAAAGAAGGAUUUUAUGUAUAAAAAUGUCUGGAUCAUUUACUAGAAAAAAAACAACAAUGCAUAAAAUAAGCUUCCACAGCAAAAGGAUGGUAAAAUGACCUGAAAUAGUCUUGAUAUGAUGUUAUGGACAGUUUCUAGUUUGAAACAUUAAUGAAUUAAAAACAUUCUUCCAAUUUAA